AUGACCCCAAGACUUUUUAACAACGCAAUUGAUGCCGAAGGUUUCACACUGGUGAAUCAUCGAGCUUCAGCUAGGUUCCAAACGGACAAAAGUAAGUUUUCUGAACGCAGAAAGGACCCACGCCCAGUGGGAGCUUUCAGCGAGAAGUACCCGCCCUUGAGCGAAGAAACGAAAGCGAAAUACCAAGCUCGCGCUAUUGCUUACGUUCAAGCUCAAGAGCGCCAGAGACUUGCCAAGCUUGCAAAGUUGAAAGCCGCUAUGGGAAAAAGGCCCUACAACAUGUACGAGUGCUUACAGCACAAAGAGGAGAGGAAGCCCGCCGUCGAUCCAAGGUUGCCAAAGUCGUCGCUCAAGCGGAACAAGCCGCUUCUUACCUCGGACGUACAUGCCGACGCCAAGGCCGCCGCUAUUGCUGCCCUUUGUGUCCCUUCAAAGAAGGAUAAGGCUCCUGUCGUUGCCGCCGAGAAGAAGACAGGGCCUCAGAUGGAGCUCAAGAAGAAGCCUUCUAGAAGAAGACGCAAAUCUACAAGAAAGGAGAAGGAUGCCGAUCAAAAGGCUUCCGAUAAUGUGAAGAAACCCGCCGCUAUAGUUUCUUACCCCAAGGCCACGUCGUCCAAAGCUGCCCAUGCCCUGAGGGUAAUGGUUGCAAAAGACCCUGCACCAAUUCGGAGUUCGCACAGCGAGAAAAUCGACCCUCGCUUGUUUCGCGCGGUGGACCAUGCAGAUCAGACAACCAGCGAGAGGCCGCGCAAACGUCAAAUCCUCGACAAGCUCAUACAUCUCCCUCCCGGCGACUUCGAGGACGAGUCUGACGUUUUCUUGCCUCGUUCGCCCCCUGGGACUUUAAUCGAGGCCGCCUCAAAAAAGUCCCCGCCAGACCAAUUUUUGUCUGGCUUAAACUGGCUGUCGUCGCCGAAAUCGAGUUGCCCUGAAGUAUCCACUGAUCAAGACCCCCAGUGGCAUUUGGUGCUCCAGGUCCCCCAGAAGUCUCGCGGGCCCAAGUUCGCGUCUGCGACAGUUCGCGCGGCCACACCUUCGGCCUGGUGCCCUGGAAACGACUUCUGUGCGCCAGACCAAGCGCCAGAAAAAGCGCCUCGCUGCGCGCCAGAGGACCGGAUCUCUUUCCCCAGGUCUCCAGGGCCCGCGCCGAUCUCAGAGGCAACUGAGACACACGCCCGAGUGACUGCGCCCCAAACUCCAGCUCGUGCGCCGGUCGUCUCGCAGUGUCCUUCCGCGGUCGUCGCCCCAGUAGACAAAACCCUUACUGGGUUCGCGCCGGAGUUCGAGUUCGUGGCGCCAAAAUCUCUGCAACCUGCGCAAUCCCCAUUUUCUGUGCAGGAAUUUGCAGCCAAAAGCUCACCACUCGUACCAGCAUUGAACACCAACGAUACCCCGGUGCUGAUCCCCUCCGGUGAGCUGCGUCUUGGUGCUGUGUCUUCAUCGUCGCUGUCGUUUUCGUCGCCGGUAACCUGUCGCCCGCUCGACUUCAACAGUGGCGUAUUCAGCGACCUCGCUGGCAAUCCAUGGAACUCUGAGCAAUCCCUGAACCACACCCUCAGCUACCAGGAGCUCAUUUCCAACCCAUGGGCUCAGGAAGAUGCCUUUAUUUGGGAACCAUCUACUGUUAAUUCCACCUCUUGCUGCUUUUAUGAUCCAGCAGUUGCCACCUCCACUGCCAUUUCUACUGACAGCAAGCCUAGUCUCUCGCAUGAAGUACAGACUGCUACUGAAAAGAAAAACGGAGAGCUCUCUGCUCUGCCCGCCUUUGUAGCUAAGACAGAUCUGUCGUCGCCUGAUGUCUCGUUUGUACCUUCUCCUUGCCCUUCGCCUCGUGCUGCCGUCGUUCCCCUCAUCAAGGCCGAGUUUGAUCUCGCUCUUGCAGUCGAAAGUGCGCCCAAGGCCGUCGAGAAGAAGGCUCUGUCUCCUCCUCCACUUAUCCAAGAGCCGGUCGCUCAACAAUCUCCUGCCUGUGGUGAACCUCCUCUUUGUCCUUCUCCAUUGGCGAAAGUCCCCUGCAGUGAGAAGCUUCCUGAUACGCUUAUCAAGCUCCAAUCUACCCCGCGAGUAGAAGCCGAAAAGAGUAAACUUCGUACUCUUCUCAAAUCGAAGUAUAUCUCUCUUAGAAGUGACAAUUGCGUGGAUCAAAUUCUUGCCAACGCAGACACCGCUAUCAGACAGGCUCGGGAGGAGUUUUCUCUCGACCUAGUUGAUGAUGACGAUGAGUCGGGAUCAGUCAUCAAGUAUUGUUCUCAAAUUGACGCCUCUUCUAGAGUCAAUUCAGGGAAUAAUGAUACUCCUGUGUCGGUGAAGGAGGCCACUGUUGUCAUAAAGCCAGUCAGUGCCAUCUCGCUGGCACCUACCGUGACAGCUCCUCCAUCUCCAAGGAAGACUCCCUCAGGCUCUCCCAAAAGACACAACACUGACCCUGAUUUCAAGGCUUCAUUUGCUGAGUCAGCGCAAAAGAAGGUGGAAACUAUCACCCCUACAGCAUCGCCUGUAAAGAAACAAGUAGCUUUAGCCGUUCCCAAUGUUGAAACUGGACUCGCUAAGACUACUCAGAGCUCUCCAGAGCCCCUUCUUGAUCCUGUUGCCUCUCUUAUCAUCAUCGAUGCUCCUCUGAGUGUUCACUCUCAUGAUGCAUUUGCACAAACUUGUGGCGGUGAUGUUGAUAACCAAAGUGCUGUUGUUUCAUCUUCCGAGAACGCACCUGGUGCAGCCUCACCAAAUGAAGUGCUUCAGCAGACCCUUGACCUGCCGGUUCCCGUUCAAAAGCCCGCUGAUACUCUAGCUUCCAAGGAAGCGAAGAAGGCUGUAUUGGCCAAACGUAUAGCGGUAUUGAAGGAGAAACUUUCUGUUGAUGUUUCGACACCGAAGACCAAAGCUAUUCAAGAGUCCACGGUAUUGGAGGAAGUUCCCCCAUUUCCUCGUAUGCUGGAAGUCACCAUCAACGAUUCUCCGGUUGCUGCCCCUUCAAAGGCGCUGAGCGAUCUUUCUGAACCAUCUUCUAAGGAAGCGAAGAAGGCUGCAUUGGCCAAACGCAUAGCGGCGUUGAAGGAAAAACUUUCUGUUGAUGUUUCGACGCCCAAGACCAAAGUUAUUCCGAAGGCCACGGCGUCGGAAGAAAUUUCCCCAAAGGAGAUUCCCCCACCUCCUUCUAUGCUGGAAGUUGCCAUCAACGAUUCUUCGGUUGCUGCCCCUUCAAAGGCGCUGAGCGAUCUUUCUGAACCAUCUUCUAAGGAAGCGAAGAAGGCUGCAUUGGCCAAACGCAUAGCGGCGUUGAAGGAGAAGCUUUCUGUUGAUGUUUCGACGCCCAAGACCAAAGUUAUUCCAAAGGCCACGGCAUUGGAGGAAGUUCCCCCACCUCCUUCUAUGCUGGAAGUUGCCAUCAACGAUUCUUCGGUUGCUGCCCCUUCAAAGGCGCUGAGCGAUCUUUCUGAACCAUCUUCUAAGGAAGCGAAGAAGGCUGCAUUGGCCAAACGCAUAGCGGCGUUGAAGGAGAAGCUUUCUGUUGAUGUUUCGACGCCAAAGACCAAAGCUAUUCUAGAGUCCACGGCACCAAAGGAGACUCCCCCACCUCCUUCAUUGCCUACGGAGCUUCUUGAGUUGUCCUCGGAUGAAGUCCCUUUGGUUCAUCAAGGUCAAGCUCUGGAAAAGUGUGCUGAUGCUGAAAAAUCCACAGGGCCAGAGUUGACGUCGCCCGAGAAUGAAACUCCAAACUCUGAGGUUUCAAGUUCAAAGCCUCGCAUUGGUGCUGGUAUCUCGAAGGACAAGAAAGCUGAAUUGUUGAAUAGAAUUGCUGUCUUGAGAAACAAGAUGAAUUCGGAUACACUGAAGGUUAAGAAGUCUGAUGUCACAGCGAAGGUUCUCCUGAAGACAGAAAGACCUCAGGCUUCCCCAAAUCUAGCCAAUCUGUCUGAGACCGCUUCGUCCCUGGUGCCUCUUUUGCCUCUGCUGACAGAAACUCCCACUGCUGUGAAAUCUCUUGGAAACUUGUUGUCAGAAGUUCCAACGGUAGCUUCCCCACUCUCCCAGUGUCUUCAAGACUCCGCUCAAUCUGAUCUGGAGCCUGAAGAGCCAGAGGGACCAUCGGAGGCUUACCUUGCCUUAGAAGCCAAACUCGAAGCGAAGAAGAAAAACCUCUAUAGAUUGGAUGACGAUUCGACGAAUAUUCCUAAUUAUCUGAAGAGAAUGUCAUCUAAGAUGCUGGGUAUGGCUUCCAGACUUGAGAAAGCACUCGUUUCCAUGGGUAAAUUGUCGUUCAGUGGUCCUGUCACUCCAUUGGAUAUUCCAAAGACGAAGACAACUCUCUCCAAUGAGCCCGCAACAAAGAAGUACGGGCCAAAUGACAAGAAUGCUGCCAUCAAAGAAAAGCUUGAGAAGUUUUACUUCAACCGUCUCAAUGGAAGUAAGGAUGAUGAUAAAAAGAAGGAGUAUAAGUUCCAGGUGGAUAUGACCCAAACAAACCCUGUUGCGCCGCCCCCUCCCCCACCAAUGCCGCAGGCUCUGGCAAACGUUCCACCUCCACCUCCUCCACCUCCUAUGUUCACUGAAGGUGCUUCCUCGUCGUCUCCACCCCCACCACCACCACCACCGCCUGCCCCAGGAUUCCUUGGCAAUGCUGUUGCUCCUCGUUCUUGCCCAAAGGUUCCAGCAUUGGCAAAUUCCUCGGGUGCGCCUCCACCGCCACCACCUCCUCCUCCUCCAGUGCCUUCACUUUCGACCAAGAGUGACACUGCUCCACCACCACCCUCACCACCCCCCUCAAAGCCCUUGAAGGAUGCUGCUGUCGCCUGUAAAUCGAAGCCGGCUACUCCACAGCCUGAGAUAAAGAAAUUGAACGCUGUUAAAUGCCAUCACGGCACCUUUGCAGAGAAAAGAGCCGAUUUUGCAGCCUUCUUUGGUGCAGAUGCAACGAAAAGCGCUAAACCUCCCAAAAUCAAUGCUCCAAAGAGAAAGGAGUUCACUGAGGCGCAGCUCUCUAAAAUGAAACCCUUUGAGAGACUUCGUCACAAAAUUGAGGUGCACUAUAAUGCAACAUUCCAAAAGUGA